AUGACUACUGACAUUCCAUAUGCGGCAGAUGCAGAGAUGUCUCUGUCUUUCGAUGAGCUAGAGGUACUGAAAAGGCAGUACGAGAAGGAGGUUCAGGCGGGACAUGUCACAGUGCAGUCCAAGUUCAACUAUGCAUGGGGACUGGUGAAGAGCCCGCAACGAGACCAUCAAGUAGAAGGUGUACGGUUACUACAGGACAUCUACCGCAACGAGCCUGUAAGGAGGAGAGAAUGCCUGUACUACCUCGCACUAGGGUACUACAAGAUGGGCAACUAUGUUGAGGCACAAAAGUUCAACGCUAUCCUGCUCGACAAGGAGCCCGCAAACAUGCAAGCACAAUCACUGAAUGGUCUGAUUGACCAGGGUGUGAAGCGAGAGGGAUACAUGGGAAUGGCUAUUGCCGGUGGCGCAGCCGCAGUCGCCGCUAUACUCGCGGCUAGUCUCCCCGCACUUGCUAGCGCACGAUGA